AUGACUAGCUUACUCACGACAUUUGCGAAUAAGAUUCUCAGCCAUUUCAGCCCCGAACCUGCACCGAAUAGCUCUGGUCGCAACAAACGAUCAAACGCGAACGCUUGGUUGGGAAAUGAAGAGCCAAGGGAGGGGCAUGGCAGUGGUGCCGACGCCGGCGUGAGGCGUGCGACAACUGCUGGAACCUAUUCGGGCGGUGCGGAGGAGGGCGCCGGGGCUGCGGCAGCAGCCAGCAGGCCUCCCAAGGCCGCAAAGUACGAGGUGGGCGGCCUUAGCAGCAGCCUGAGUCUUGCUAGCAGCACGCCGGCCGGGGCGAGGAGCAGGGAGGGGCAUUCGUGGGACCAGUCGACCGCACGGUCGCCACCCCAACCUACCGCAGCACGCCACACCCCGCUGGCAGCAUCAAGACCAACGACAGGGCUAGGUUUGCCUUCCCUAGCUUCGGCGCCCGGGCGAUCUCCGCGCCCACGGCCAGACGGCGGAGGCGGCGGCGGCGGUGGCGGGGCUCUGCGCGCAGUUGCGGGAGGGCUGUCGGAGACGCCGCGCACGCCGCUGGGCCGGUGGAGUGGCGCGGAAGCGGCUGCUGGCAGUGGAGUUGGGACGCGGAGGGAUGGCGGGGGGGGGGGCGGUGGCGGCGUUCACGUUGGCAUGCCCCCGGGGUACACAUACGGCAUGCCCGUGCUGCCGCAGUCAACCCCCCGCCGCCUCAUCAUGGCCAACGCGCACUCUGCCCGCACUCGCGCCACCGCCAACGGCGGCGGCGGCGGCGGCGGCGGCAACACCGGCAGGAAGCCGUACGGGGGCCUCGAAUACUGGCGACAAAGCUUCAGCGGCGGCGGGAGUGCUAGCGGCGUCGGCGGCGGGAGCCGCGUGAGCAACGUCAACCUCGGUGGCAACACAUCGAGCGCAUUCACCAACCGCAGCAGUAGCGGCAGUACGAUGAGGAAUCCGGGCAUCGGCGGCGUCUAUGGCGGCGGUGCCUACUCUAGUCUGGGCGGCGGAGACACCGCUGGUGUGGGCGGCGGCGGCGGCGGCCGCCGCGGCGACGGGCGGGGGUAUACCGGGUUCGUGUUCAAGAGCAAGGCGGCGCGGCAAAAGAAGGUAGCGGCCGCGCUUGCGGAGAUGCGGCGCGAAGCGAAAAGUCGGGCCGUGAGCAGUGUGGGCGGUGGUUCUGCUGUUGUUGCUUGGACUGGUCACGAUUCGGGAUGGCCGGCCCGCCAGGAUUUCGCGGUCAGGAGCCUGAACAGCUUGCGCUCCAAGGCUAGACAGUCCCUGGAGAAAAAAGCCCACGACAUCCACCAUAGAAACCCCUCGGCGGCGGAGCAGCUGCUGGCCGACGCGCGGUCUAUCGAGAAUUGGGGGAGAGAAGCCGAAGAAGGCGCAAAGCGAGAGGCCGCCGAAAAGGCGCGCCAACGCAGCGAAGCUCUCGCGGCGAGAUUGGCCGAGCAAACCAAGGCCAGAAAGGCAGCGGCGACGGCUAAGAAGAAGGCAGCCGCGGAAGCCCUGGCGAGGGCGGAGGAAGAGGCGGCUAGAGCCAGGGAAAGAGUGGAGGAGGAAGAGACUGCUAGGGUCAGGGCACAGCUGGAGGAGCGGGAGCAGAAGGAGGCUAGGUUAGCGGCGGCGGCGGCGGCAGCGGCAGCUGCCGCAGCGGCGGUGCAAGAACGACCGGAGCUGUCGCCGGAGCAAGAGGAUCGGGUGCGGGAUGCCUGGUCGUCGCAGGGCGGUGCUGCCGACGGCGACAUUGUGGUUCGGGCGUUCAACGACAUGGUGUCCAAGGCAUCCUUGCGUACCCUCCGGAGCGGCGAGUGGCUCGGGGAUGAGGUGAUUAACCUGUACAUGAAGAGCCUGCAGGCGCGUAACAGGGAAGCAGUGGCGAGCGGGAAGCAGGUUCCAAAGUGCGGGAUCAUGAGCAGCUUCUUCUACACCCAACUGUCCGACAACGGCCGCGGCUACCGCUACCAGGGCGUCAAGAGGUUCCUCAAGAAGGCCAAGAUCGAUCUUUUCGACCUCGACAAGUUCAUCUUCCCGAUCAACGUCAACCAGAACCACUGGACUCUGGCGGUAAUUAACUUCCGACUAGAGAGGCUGGAGUACUACGACUCCCUCGGAGCGCCGUUCGAUGACGCUGGCUUCGAGUACAUGGCUAGAUUCGUAGACGACGAGUCUAGAAGCAAGAGAGGCGGGCAGGAGAUGGACAUCUCCCACUGGCCCAGUUUCAACUACCAGAACGUGCCCCACCAGAGGAACGAGAUCGACUGCGGUGUUUUCGCGUCCAUGUUCGCGGACCGCCUGAGCAAGGGGAGACCCCUCUCCUUCUCGCAGAGCGACAUCAGGCACUGCCGCAAGGUGCUCACGUUGGCCAUUCUGCGGGGCGAGAGGUCUCCUACGGAGAAAGAGGCGUUUCUGGAGGACGGGGGAAGUGUCCUGGGCGAGGCGGGCGAGUGGUGGGAACCUCCACAGGACGAGCAGGCAGACGGCGACGGCAGCGAGAAUGCCGAGGACGAGGAGAUUGGUGAGGUUGACGAGGAGGAGGAGGAGGAGGAGGAGGAGUGGGGAAGCGGAGAGGGGCAAGAGGAGGAAGAGGGUGAGCAAGGAGGGUGGGGAGAUGAUGGCGGGGAGGGGGUAGAUGUGGCGUCGUCCGAUGCUGAGGGAGGGGGCGUCUGGAGGCAGGAGACCGCGAACGGGUUCGACCUGACGGCGUCCGAUGCGGAGGAAGAGGAAAACGCGAACGGGUUGUUUGAUCUGACAUCGGGCGGGAUGCAAGAGGAAGGAGAGGAGCAAGAAGAGGAAGAAGCCGGCGUUACCCCCGGCGGGGGCGGGCAGGCUGAAGAGGAUGAGAUGGACGUGGAGGACACAGGAGUCGCCAUGGAGGCACAUUUUGCGGAAGAUACAAGAGGCACCUUUCCUGCAAUACACACACCGGAGUUUUUUGGCAAGAUAGUUCGUCUGGUGACGUAUCAAGGCUGGACAAAAAUCUAG